UCAAGUGGGCUCCAUUACGAAUGCAAGAACCGUGGAGAUGUACCUCGUCGCCAAUCUUGAUGCACGUUUGAUUUGCCAUGUUGGGGGUGGACCGGUGGUUGAGAAGAAGAGAACAGCUGGGUAGUUGUCAAAAGGGCGAGGAGAGCGAGCGAGCGACAGAGAAAGAGAGAGAGGGGGACAAGAAAUCGGAGAGAGAAAGAGAGAGCGCGAAAACGAGGGCGCCGUGGGAUUCCUCCAUGGUCCAAACAAACGCUGGUAAGGAUCGCGUGCCGCUGCGGCAGAAAUCUCCUUCGCCAUUUUGAUCCGUCACCUCCUCCGAUUGGCUUACGAAAUUGUGCAGAAGGAAUUGGAUUUACGGUAUGCUUAUUGAGGAGAUUGGGGAGGAGUGCACGGAAGGUGGACAGGAGGAAAGGUCGAUUUCGACGGUUUUCAGCGGAAGAGAUGCGCUCUUUAAUGCAAAGAGGGCGGCGGUAGGAGUCGGGGCUCGGAUUCUCUUUUACCCUACGCUGGUGUACAAUUGUGUGCGGAAUGUGACCGAACCCCAGUUCCAUUGGUGGGAUCAAGUCGAUGAGUGUUUGCUCUUAGGUGCUGUUCCAUUCCCCAGUCAUGUUCCUCUCUUGAAGAAACUUGGUGUCUGUGGUGUUAUUACGUUGACUGAACCAUAUGAGACACUUGUGCCUACCUCCUUAUAUGAUGCACACAGGAUUGAACAUUUGCUGAUCCCGACCAGAGAUUACCUCUUUGCUCCAUCAUUUGGAGAUAUAUGCCUAGCUGUGGACUUCAUCCAUAAAAACAGCAAAAAGGGGGAAAUGACAUAUGUUCAUUGCAAAGCUGGUCGAGGACGUAGCACAACCAUUGUCCUAUGCUAUUUGGUGCAAUAUAAGCAAAUGACUCCCACGGCCGCUUACCAGUAUGUCAAAAUGAGAAGGCCAAGAGUGCUUUUAGCUUCUGCACAGAAGGAGGCUGUUGAAGAGUUCUACCAACUCAGGGUUCAAAAAACUGAAACAAGUACCCACUCGACAGAUCUUAGUGUAAAGUCGUCAUGGGUUGUUAUCCCCAGAAACCACAUAUCCUUUGAUGGUAGCCCCUUUGAGAUCGUGUCCCAUUCCGACCUUGUCGGAUACAAUGGGUACUCCAAUGCGGGCAACGAAGGCCCAUGGACAGAGCCAAGUUCAGUGUACACGGUUCAAAUUGCUCGGCGAGCAGUACUUUCAAGGCUCUCCUAUUUCUGGUUCAGAAGCCGUGUACAUGGCUGCAGAUCAGGGAUGGCACAUCCCCGUCUACUGGAAUUGUAAAUGAGCCCCUUCCACCCUGGUUCAAGUUUCGUAGCCUAACGAGUGUUCUGCCGUCUAUUAUAGUGUACACCCUUUGUAUGACGAAUUUGCGUCUAAUCCCCUGUAGAGUGUGGACUCCUCAAUCAAAUUUUUUCUGCCUGGCUAGGCAAGAAUCCCGCGGCUAGAUGAGUCAGCUUGUUCCAUGCUGUCAUGAGAAAGUGUAAAUAAUAAAAGCCUCUUUGCUGGCUUCAUAGACCA